CUGAAUAGUGUGUUGCAUUGGUUUGUUGUCAUAUCUGGUUAGUGCCUUCGCCCAUGAGCGGUAGGUCUCGGGUUCGAGACUUGGGAGCAGUCUCUCCAUAAAUGGGGGUAAGGCUAGCCGACAUUCACCUCUCCCAGACCCUGCGUAAAGCGGGAGCCUUGUGCACUGGGUACGACCUUUUAUUAGUAGGGGACCAGUGGAAAAUGAUCACUGGGUCUAUGACACACCUGCCCACUCUAAUGUGGAGGCCAAGCUGAGGCAACUCCUAGUUGAGCUGGGGAAUAACAAUAAAAUACUUGGAGUCCAGGUAUGUGCCUACAAAGACGGGGAAGUUAUUAUUGACACUGCUGCUGGAGUGCUUGGUAGAUAUGAUCCUCGUCCAGUUCAGCCCGACAGCCUUUUCCCAGUUUUUUCUGCUACAAAGGGUAUAACGGCUGGAAUGUUACAUUGGCUGGCAGACACUGGAAAAUUGAACCUCAAGGAAGAUGUAGCAAAUAUAUGGCCAGAAUUUGGAUCAUUUGGAAAACAUAACAUAAAGGUCCACCGUGUCCUUAACCAUACCUCUGGACUGCACAAUGCUGUGGCAGACCUCAUAGAAAACCCUUUGCUUAUCUCAGACUGGGAGGAGUGUUUAAACCGCGUUGCCCUUUCAGAACCUGAGACUGAACCUGGCCAGGAGCAGCUGUAUCACUACCUAACUUUUGGUUGGAUAUGCGGUGGAAUCAUUGAGCAUGCAUGGAAGAGGAAAUUGAAGGAGAUUCUUGAAGAAGCAUUUGUUCGUUCCCUCCAAAUAGAAGGGGAGUUUUAUAUCGGAAUACCUCCAGGUGUGGAAUCUCGACUUGCAACCCUUACACCCGAUACAGAAGACCUGAAGAAGCUUUCAGGGAUUAGGGGUCGUCCUGAUAUGCCCUCCACUUUCCAGCCAGAGCAAUUCGCAACUACGUUGCCCGUUCUAUUUAUCAUGCUAAACGUUCGUCGUGCCAUGAUACCUGCAGCUAAUGGACAUUUCUCAGCCCGUGCGCUUGCACGUUACUAUGCAGCCUUAGCUGAUGGCGGUGUUGUUCCACCGCCUCACUUCUCUUCCUCUAAGCCAUCUCAUGGUAGCCACCCUCACAUUCCCAAAUUUCCUGCCCAACCGUCACCAAAACAGCAGAAAGGUAACAGAAGCAAGAAGAUAGCUGCUGCUUUUAGGAAUAUGAGAACUAGUAAGUAUGAGAAGACUCCACAAGAUAGCAAGGACCAGGACGUUGGUAGUCACAGUAGAAACACAAGCAGCGACAGUAACACUUGCAGCGCAAGUGACAACGUGUUGGAUGAGAUCGUUGUGAAUCCUAAUCCUCAAAAGGACGGCGCUAAGAUAUUUAGCAACCCCAGAAUUCAUGAUGCUUUCAUGGGUGUCGGCGAAUAUGCACACUUGGUUAAACCAGAUGGGAAAUUUGGACUGGGAUUUAAGAGGUAUUAUUCCCAGGACGGGUCCCUUAUUGGCUUUGGCCACUCAGGAAUGGGUGGCUCAACUGCUUUCUGUGACAUAAAAAAAUAGGCUCUCCAUUGCUGUAACGUUGAAUAAAAUGGUGUUUGGUGCAGAGACCGGAAAGAUAGUCCACUUCAUUUGUUCAGAGUUAAAUGUUCCGGUGCCGACGGAUUAUUUGAGAUUCGCAGAAACGGCACCUAGUGAUGGAAAACCUCUGAUUAAUUGAGGUUGGUAAUUAAGCCUUUUAACCCUUCAUUAUCAUUACAAACUUGUACCGCAGAAGAAUAUGGUAUUUGCCCCAGAUGAAUGAGUGUAUAUAGUUAUAGUGAUUUUAAUUUAUACAGCACAUAUAUUAAAAGUGAAAAUUUGAGCACACUUGAAAUGCUUAGGGUAUUGGGUUUCAACCCCAUGUGUCUCGGGAUUGAAACUCUCUCAUUUCUUAAAUUAUUGUAAUAGUUUCGAACUCUCUCUCUCAUCUUGACAAUAAAAAAUUCAGAUAAAAAAUUUCCCUUGUC